AUGACCGACUCGUACGCCUCUUCUCGCAAUGGCGACGCCUCAUACAACGGCGUGCCAAAUGGUUCAAGCCCAUCAUUAGCACAGACCGCUCAAUCCUCUCCAAUGACUUCUGUCAUUCGCAAAAAGCUCAUGGGCUUCGUUGGUUUUUCGAAUUUGCCCAACCAGGUCCACAGGAAAAGCGUAAGGAAGGGCUUCCAGUUUACUGCGAUGGUCGUUGGCGAGUCGGGCUUGGGCAAGUCGACGCUCAUUAAUACGCUCUUUAAUACGACUCUCUACCCACCAAAGGAGCCUUUGCCUCCCGCUGCCGACCGACCGAAGACGGUUGCCAUUGAGAGUAUUGGUGCUGAUAUCGAGGAAAACGGGGUUCGGCUGCACCUCACCGUUGUUGAUACGCCGGGCUUCGGUGACUUCGUCAACAACGACGACAGCUGGAAGCCCAUCGUCGAAAACAUCGAGUCUCGCUUCGACUCAUAUCUUGAGCAGGAGAAUCGCGUGAAUCGUUCGAAGAUUGUCGACAACCGUGUUCACGCAUGCCUCUACUUCAUCCAGCCCACAGGUCACUCGCUCAAGCAAAUCGACAUCGAGUUCAUGAGACGGCUACACACUCGUGUCAAUUUGAUUCCUGUUAUAGCCAAGGCUGACACCAUGACUGACGAAGAAAUCAUCGAAUUCAAGCAACGGAUUCUCGCCGACAUACAAUAUCAUAACAUCCAUAUCUUCCAAGCUCCCACGUACGAAAACGAGGACGAGGAAACUCUUGCUGAGGCCGCUGAGAUUGCAAGCAAGAUUCCAUUCGCUGUCGUUGGCUCCAAUCAAGUCGUCGAGACACCGGACGGUCGUCAGGUUCGGGGUCGUGUAUACCCAUGGGGUGUUGUCGAGGUCGACAACGAGGAGCACUGCGAUUUUGUCAAGCUGAGGCAGAUGCUUGUCCGCACCUACAUGGAGGAGCUACGCGAAUACACCAACGAUGUCCUCUACGAGAACUGGCGAACAGAGAAACUGGUCAGCAUGGGCGUCAUCCAGGACCCGGCUGUCUUCAAGGAGACUAACCCUGCUGCAAGAAUGCAAGAGGAGCGGGUGCUGCACGAGGCCAAGCUCGCUAAGAUGGAGGCUGAAAUGAAGAUGGUCUUCCAACAGAAGGUGCAAGAGAAGGAAGCCAAACUCAAGCAGUCUGAGGAGGAGCUGUAUGCCCGUCACAAGGAGAUGAAGGAGACUCUCGAGAAGCAGCGCAACGAACUCGAGGAAAAGAAGCGACGAAUCGAGCAAGGUCGACCUCUCACACCAGACGGCAAGUCCGGUACCGGCCGCAAGAAAGGAUUCCUUCAACGCACGUAA